AUGACAAGGCGGCACGUUUUAGUCCUGUUGGUGAUUGCACUAACAUGUUGUUCGAUUGUUAGGGGUGACGCACUUAUUGAUUCCGACAAGAAGCUGAGUGGAGACACGCCAAAUGUUCUGGGCAAGAAGCCGUAUAGAGACACACCAAAUAAUACAGAGGAGGAGCCAGUUAGAGACACACAAACUGAUCCAGGCAAGAUGCCAGAUUAUUAUUCCGACAAGAAGCCAGUAGGAGAAAUACCAGUUGAUCUAGGCAAGAAGCCAGGUGGAGACACACCUAUUGAUUCCGAAGAAAAACCAGGUGUAGACACGCAAAUCGACCCUGAGACGCGAAAAGAAGAAACAUCAAUCGAUCCGAACGAGCCAGUUGGAGGUGGAGGCCAACCAAUUGAUCCUAUUGGGCCAGCUGGAGGUGGAGGCAAACCAGAUGACCCGAAUAAGCCAGGUGGAGGUGCAGGCAAACCUGAUGAUCCGAAUAUUCCAGGCGGAGGUGGAGGCAAACCAGAUGAUCCGAAUAAGCCAGGCGGAAGUGGAGGUGAACCAGAUGACCCGAAUAAGCCAGGCGGAGGUAGAGGCGAACCAGAUGACCCGAAUAAGCCAGGCGGAGGUGGAGGCGAACCAGAUGACCCGAAUAAGCCAGGUGGAGGUGGAGGCAAACCAGAUGACCCGAAUAAGCCAGGUGGAGGUGGAGGCAAACCAGAUUACCCGAAUAAGCCAGGCGGAGGUGGAGGCAACCCAACCAGAUGA